AAAUGUAUACAAACACGUGACUUCAAACUCCUGAUUUCUCCGCUUGACUUUCUCUGAACACCCCAACUCUCCUCACAUAAAAUUACCUCCUCUGCGUGUUUUCGUCUACAAUCAUUCUCCAAAGCGUGCCACGGUAGAAGAAAAAUGUCCGGGUGGAGCAAUUACUCAUAUGUUGGCCCUGCUGCCCUGCAGUCAUGCUCUGCGAUCACCAAAGUCCACUCCGAGAACCAGGAUCUGCCAAUUAUCGAUCGACUCCUUGAGCCGCAGACCAUCGUGCAUUUCCUCGAAUUCUGCAUGCACGGCCUCCUUCCAAAUGGCAAGAAAACAUCGCUCGAACAUCUAACCGAAGAGGAAGCGCAACUCGCCAACACGAGCCCCGAAACCGACGAUGACAAUCGCGGCAUUUCCGAGCGCGUCGCCGACAGAAUUGGGUCAUUCACCGAUUCAGAUCGCUUAUGCCUGGUCGGGAAAAAUAUCCAAUCCAUCAAGACCCGCCUAUGGGAGGGGCUCAUCCCGCUCUCCGAUCAGCGAUGGAAGGAGAAGGGCCUCCAUCUGCCGCAAAACUUCGACAUCGCAUGCCAGCAGCUCUCCGCUGUAAUUGCAACGUUCGAGUACCUCAACCAGCCGACUGUGGCAAAGCACCUCCGCGACACGUUUAAUCUGAUUUGGGAGCAUUGGGACGAGAUGGACAAGAUGCUGAAUAUGCGGCGGACGCGCGAUCAGCUGCCGCUUGUGAGUGUUACGAAGCUGUGGACCGAGUACAUGGCUGCGCACUUCCAAGUGAUGACGGAGCGCGCGCACCGCUGGGUCAUUGUGCAUGUGGAUGAGUUGCGGACGCCGCUGAUGCGGGAUCUUGCAACGCAUCGCCCCAUAGACCUAGACGUCGUGGACCCGUUGCAGUGGAAGUUGAUGGAUCGGCUGCACGUCCUGGCAGAGAUCGCUGCGGGCGCUGACUAUAAGAUUAUGAUCCCUAUGAAUGGGUACAGGGGGCAUACGCCGCCUCCGGUGCCGUCGAAUAUCAUCCCUGGCUUGCGGUCACCGGAUCUGAAAGAACGAGGCAUGGCGUACGGGCUGCGAUUAAAAGCUCUCAGUCGCCAGACGCAGUAUUGGUCGAUUAUGGAGAGCAUGACACAUCGCGUGGAGCGUCACGUUGCAGAACCGGAAUCACUUCACCAGACAGUUCUUGACCAGAUCAACAGUCAGAGUCUGGUACGUCAGGAAGUAUGCGGUGAUCCGAUCGAGCCGCUGCCUAAAGAGCCGUGGAUCCUGCGAGACGCCUGGCCCAUCGAAAAAUUUGGGAGGGAGAUCCAAAGUUACGGGCUCACCAUCUACCGACUAAGUUACCAGCAGAGUGAAGCUGAAUGGGCAGCAUUCAGGGAGAAACUUGAAGCACAUAUAGCAGACUGGGGCCAAGGACAGACGGGGAGCGAGUCUCUGAAGCCAUAUCUGAAGUUGCAUUGGCGCGAUGGGAAGGCUUUAGGGAUUCCUGAGGGAGACAUUGAGGCAGCCAAUAAGCAUUACGUUGAACACUAUGAACCAGAGGAAUUCCCUUACUACUUGCAGGAUCAGGUGAACGAGCGCGUCUUCCUGGUCGUCGACCAGCCCAGCAUUGAUUCUUACACCACCUCUUCCUACACAGCAGCCACCGACCUUGUCCUCCCCGGCGACUUCGCCGGCUUCGUCCUCGCCGUCGAACCAGGGUAUGAUCCGGAGAUAGGGCCCCACCGACCCGACGAAUGUCCCGGUUACCAGGGCCACAUGCGCAUCCUCGGCAGUCUGGUCUGGGGCGAUCUUUUCGCGAUGCUCUCAUCCCAAGCCGCUGUCACCAUUCAAGACCUCUGGCCUCUUGCCCUGGACCACCAGAACCAGGUCUACGUUGGGCCAACUGUGCCGGUGCAGAUCCAUAAUUGGCGGAUGCAGAAUAGGAUUCGCAAUACCCUUGUGCACGAAAUUUUUGGCCUGGCAAACUCCAAGGUCAAUGGGACGCCGUGGCCAACUCAACAACCACCAAAUCUAAAUCCAAGCGCAGCUACGAGUACGACAGAAGCCUUGACUGGAAGCACGCCAUCACCUUUUGCAACCCAAUUAGACCCAUUAUCCAGCGAGCUGCGGACGAUCCAGCUACGAGGAUUUGCGCGCUGGCUCCAUCAGAGAGGACAACACCGCGAGGCGAUUGCCCCGGAAGAGAUGCUGCGCACGCCGAAUGGCCAGGAGCCUGAUAUGGAGAGGAUCAUACGACGACUUCGGCGUUUCGAUGCCGGGGAAGACUGGGCUGCUGAUCCGGAUCGGGUCGACUUGGGUGAUGAUUCUUGCUCUAUGCAGUAGUUUCGUUACGGGUACAGUUCAAUUCAUGACCUGGGUUGGGUUACAGUUGGAAGUAUCCUCGAGAGUAAUAACCUGGUUAACCUUCAAGUUUGUAUUUAUAGGUUUAUAUUAUUAUCGUCAUCAUCGUCAUUUCCUGCUGUCUGUGAAUUUUUUAUAUAUAUGCAUAUGCAUACCGCGAAAGAAUGACAUGCUCAUUUGCUCAUGAGAGCCGGAGCAUUAUAUAUGGUUGCAUUGCAGCUGUACCUUUGUUGUUCCGCAAGGGAUCUGGGGCAUUCCAACCGACCAGGUCAUUGCUCGACCAACGUGGUCAAUCGCCAUGGCGAAGACCCUGAUCUCAGGGCCGAGUGUGAGUUAACUAUAGGUAAGCUUCGCCGAGAUGCUUGGCCUUCCCAACAUUGGAGACACUUCAGCGGCUCGGCCCGUUCUACUAUCGCUAAAACACUCUGAAAUGGCCCGGCGACGAUUAGCUGUGGCAAACCCACGCUACGAUAUAACCCCCGGUGAUCAGUUUGUCAGGUGGGAGUGAUAUAGGCUGUGCAAAUCGGAGCUGAAAUUAUUUCGGGGGCCUCAGUUCGAUUAUAUGUACCGAUUGGAGUUGGCGUUCGGCUACGCUAGUAAUAUGCAUGGCCAGUGAGACAGGACGUGUUGGAUCCAGGCGAGAAAGCUCCACAGUGGAACGCUUUUAUGCGUCGCAGCUCAAUCCCAGUGAGGUCCCUGGAUUGCAACGCCUGGUGAUUGGGGUGAACCAAUGAAGGUGAUCUUGGUGGAGAGGUGGGCAGACAGGGUAGAUUUGGUGCAUGGGCAGGCUGGGGACUCGAUGCUAUUCCAUGGGUCGCCAAUGCAUAUGGUCCAUCCAAACUUGUACCAACUGGCGCGGUUGGCGAGCUGGGUCACUGCUUUCUUACAAAAUCCGCCAUGGCCCCCCCAGAGUGCCUGACAGGACACCCAAGAUGGACUCAAUCAACGGGUGUCUCGCACUGGUGACCCCAUCUGCAACGGAGAGGAUGGAUCCAUUUAUCUUGUUGGCGAUUGCUGCGUGCAUCAGAAGUCCAGGAGUCCGGAUGCUGUCCUCAGCAUAACCAUGACAGGACGGAACGACGCUAUUGCCGGAAUCGAGGAGGUUAUUGCGCCUCUAGAGCGUACUGGAUGGGGAAACAUUGCCAGCUUGGCAACGUGCAUUGGAGAGCUGCAAGAGAAGUGACAUUUAUGCAUUAAAAGACAAUUUUGUACGGGGAUACAUACCCCGAUCACGCCAGUCGAUUGAAAGUAUACUAAGGCCAUUUAUCUAGGUAAUAGGAUGGUGUGUUUAUGCAGGCCCGUGGUUAAAGCUUCGUUGCUGUACAGGUUGGAAAAGCACGGGUCUUAAAGAUGCAGAUAUUGUUGGCGAGUCGGCCCAAAGGAAAUGCCAGGGCAUUAUUAUUAGCCUUCAGCCCGCACUGCGCUUAUGGACCGUCAACCUUUACUAUAUAUACUGCAUCCACGCGUCCGUCAGUUCUUCUUUCCCCUUUCCCCUUUUCUUCC